CAUAACACUGCAAAGCUAAAAGGAGGAAACAGCAGAGUACAGGGGUUACUCGAAGUCUCGAAAGUAUAUGCACACAAGAGCAGUGCUUAUGAGAGAGUGUUGUUUUUCUGCAGAUGUAAUUGAAGAGGAUGAAGCUGUUUUGUACUCAUCUUCCACCUCCAUCCUUGUAAGAAUUCCUUAUCUAAAAACCUUCCCUAUUUAAUGCCCUCGAACAAAUCAUACAUAGGAGUAUAUGGGUAUCAAAAAAAAAUAAAUCAUAUAUAUACUUACAUAUUUUAUCUCUGUAGCUCCCAGUUUCUUCACACGCAUCCGGCAUUCAUAUCCUCUGCAAUAAUUCUCAUUCUCGAGAAACGAGAUCAUAAUUUUCAAAAUCAUUCAUAUGGGUCCUUCACAUUUUCGUUUUCUUACAAACCCAUCUCGAAAUCUUGAAAUUUAGGGUCGAUUUUGUCAUCCGGGUCGGAGAAAUAUUGAGAAAUGGCUCCAACGUUCGAGUGGUGGCCCAUCUGACGACGACGUUUUGUUGUCGAACGGUACCGGAAAUUUGAUUUCCAGCAACCCCAAGUCGAAAUUCCAGUACAAUUUCAUUUUUCUUUUAAUAUAAGUAAUAAUCAGCUCGUGACAGUGUCGUCAUGUAGCAAGAUUCUAAUGGAUCAACUGGUGAUGUGUCGCCACAUCAGCAAGAUUCUAACGUCGGUUAGAAUCUACUUAACGGAAGGACUUGAUACAAACAAUUGUAAAGUUAAAGGACCCGGUUUAGGAAAUCUUUUAUUAAGGGACCUUUUGAAUAAAAGCUGAAUAAUUUAGGGACGUAUCAAUUUAUUUUCCCAACUUAUUUCGACAAAAGUUGAAUACUAAAACACCUGAAAUUUGGACAUCCUUGGGGACUAAUAUUUGUCUAUUAUUGUUCUUUUAUUGGUUUUGUAUUCUCAUGAAUACCUUGUUCAUCUUCAACACUAGUAGGUGAGAUGGUCGGUUAUAGUUGUUGGUUUAAAUUUUUAGCUUAUUGGGAUAGUAGAUUUCAAUAGAGUUCUCUAUAGUUAUGAUUUAUGUAAAAGUAUACUUAGAGAGAUUUUUUUGUUCGACAUGAUAUCCGAUUGGCUAUAUUUUUUUGUUCAGAGGAUACAAGGUUGAAGAUUUAGAAUUUUUACAUAUUAUUAUCUAAAAAGUGCGGCUUGACACUACCUAGAAUAUUUACUAAGGAGUUUCUAUCGUUGAUAAUGUUCUUACAGCUAUCUUUGAAUAUUUCUGCAGUUACAAAUUUAUGUCUUGCAUGUCUUUUUAUGUGUCUUGUAAUUUGAGGAUUUUAUUUUUUAAGUAUUACCUUAUGAAGCGAAAUUCAGCGGACUUAAUUUGACUGAAUUUUGAUCAUAGUACUCGAUGGACUCGUUCAAAAUUUUGACUUAAUUGAAUCAUUUAUGCAUAUGGAGUUUGAAUUUUAAGUAAAAGUCAUUACACGAAGGAGUCUGGAAUUAGACAGGAAGACCAAAAGCAGCUUCCCAAUGGCUCCCACCUUCAUUUUGUCAAUGUCUUCAUUAUAAUUGUACUUGUUGAUGCUAUCUGAACUUACAUCUUCAUCUUCAAACCUUUAGACUAGAUCCUUCAAACAAAAAAAAUGUCUGCAGUUAUUGUACCUUCUGCAAUAGACUUGCAUUUCCCAUCCAUGUCUUCCGACACAAUGGAUGAGGACUUCCAAGAUGAAAUGACCGUUGCAUCAUCAACAGAGAUCGCGGAAGCUAACAGUUUAUUGUCGUCUUGGGCAUCUACUGGAGUUUUAACAUCUCCAGAAGUUAAUUCAACCUCGUACAAAAGUACCAAGAUCCAUGAGCCUCUGUCAACUCCAGAAACCUCAAGUGUAUCACCAAAUGAUGAAGUCACUGGUUCUUAUACUUUCAGAUUUGAUUGCUACUCGCGAAGAGCAGGAUUUGAAGUUGGAAAGUAUUUGACAUCUGAUACUUUCUCAGCAGGAGGGCAUGACUGGGCCAUAAAUUUGUACCCCAAUGGCAAGAAGUACGAGUAUAAAGAUUACAUCUCGCUCUAUAUAAGAUUGGACAGUGAAGGAACUGAUGUGAAUGCCGUGUUUGAGAUGAUGCUUGUUGAUCAGAGUGGAAGAGGCAAGCACAGCAUGCAGACACAUUUUGGUUUCUUGAUGAGACGACGUGGAAGCCAAUGGGGAUUUGGCCAGUACAUGAAAAAAAAAUAUUUGGAGAAACUAGGCUACCUAAAAAAUGAUUGUCUGGUAGUAAACUGUGUGGUGGGAGUCCUUGAAUCUGGUACAGGAUUUGAAAUCUCAGCCCCGAGUAAUUUUACAUCCGCUUACUUAUCUGCAUCCCUUAAUAAUCAGAUUAUGAAGCUUAAGAAAUCACAAAGCAUGAAGGUUUCUGACAGCGAGGACACAAAGUUGCCAGAUUUGGAGUCAGCAGUAAAAGUAAUCAAUGAAUUUGAAUCUCCAUCGCAGCUACAAGGGCUUAUUAAUGAUGGAGACCGCAGAAAAUUUUCUCAGUACUUGUAUGCAGUGGAUGAGAUCCAGCAAUCAAUUAGGUCAGGUAUCUCCGGUUAUGACACUCAUGGAGCUCGAGCUAUUAAACAGCUGCAGCUGAUCUUUCAAAGAAUCUUGGACUGCUCGGUUACUGGGACAAAGUAUGAUGCUAUGACUACCACUGUUUACUCUAGUAGUGUGACCAGCAGUUACAAUUAUGAGUUGCAGGGAAGCAAUCAGACUGGCCAGGGUGAGCUCUCGAGUGAGCAAAUCUAUCGUCUGUGCAGUAUAGUAAAUAGACUAAACUCCACAGGAUGUCUUGGCGACUGCAUCAACGUGUACAGAAUUUCAAGGAAGUCAGCAGUGGAUGCAAGGUAUAUGAGGUUCUGCAUUGGUAGGUGGACCAUCAACGACUUGCAAAGUUUGUACUACGAAGACUUUACCUCAAAAAUCAGAAUGUGGAUACUAGCAGCCUAUAAAUGUUAUGACGCUAUAUUUCCUGGGGAGAGGCAAUAUUAUGAGCAGAUCUUUAGUGGUGUAAGUGCUGUCACAGACGAAAACUGUUUCCUGGCUAUAGUUAAACAUGCUGCGAUUGAGUUGAACAAUUUCGCGGAAGCAGUAAGUUGUACUACAUCAUUUCAAAAGUUCUUCCCUGUUUUGGAUCUGCACAAGGUUCUGGUUGCUAUCUUGCCUAAGAUCCAGAGCACGUUCCACUCGGUAUCAGUUGCAAAUAUAUCUUAUAGGGCUAGUAAUAUUAUCAAUAGCCUCACAACUGUCAUAAGGAAAUUGUUUUCCAGCUUCCAGGAUACUGUGCUCAAUGAGCAAUUAGACACCCUACCUUCAAAAGGCGCGGUUCAUUCUUUAACAGAAUAUGCCAUGAAGUAUGUUACGAGCAUUUCAUUGCACAAAGAUCUGCUCACAAAUAUAAUUGUAUCUCCACCAACAGAAAGGUUGGGAAAUCAGGAAGAUGAACAAUUUUUGGAAGCUUUGAGUGGAACCCCAUUAAGGCUCCACAUGAUUUGGAUCAUGAUAAGCUUAAGGAUCAAUUUAGAGGGUAAAUCUAGUCUUUAUGGAGACUCGUCAAUGAGUUAUAUAUUCAUCAUGAACAAUGUUAGCUACGUAAUCAAGACUAUUACAGGGUCUCCAGAACUACUAGAGCUGAUUGGGAAGGAGUACCCGUCAAAGUUGAGCAAAUAUGUGCUACAGGCAGCACAGAACUAUGCUUCAUCCACUUCGCACAAGGUUCUGUACUGUUUAAGAGAUGAUGGAUUAAACUUUAAGUUUCUACUUUGUAAUGGGAUUUCAAAGAAUUCUGUAAAGAAUAGGUUCAAGACUUUCAACACUGCUUUUGAAGAGUUUUGUCAGGCCCAAUCCACAAUGUCUGUGUUGGAUACUCAGCUGCGCUGUCAGAUCAAUAAGUUGAUACUAGGUAAGUUGCUUCCGGCUUAUAGAUCAUUUCUGGAGGAAUUUGGUAGCCAUAUACAGAGUGAAAGGUUCAAGAAGAAAUACAUCAAGUAUUCAAAUCAGGAGCUGGAGAACAAAUUAAAAAUUUUGUUUUCAGAACACUGACCACCAAUUGAAAGUGGCAUAGAUACUUGAAACUUGUUUUACAAUCUAAUACUGUUUUCCCACUAUCAUUUUGUAAAUCCUCAAAGAUUGUGUUUUGGCACAUAUAUUUUAUUUUAUCAAGGCCAAUUGAAAGUUUGGGAUAUCA